AUGGCUGAACAGCAGGUCCAGCUCACAGACCUCAACCCCCUCCAACUGCAAGAAGUCAAGAAGCAGCUCGACCAGGAACUUGAACACCUGACGCAGUCUUACUCUUCUCUGAAAUCGGCGCAAGUCAAGUUCAACUCUUGUAUCGAGAGCGUCAAGGAGCUCAAACCCGACUCCAAAGGGAAGGAGGUCUUGAUCCCCCUGACGAGCAGUCUCUAUGUGCCCGGAAAGUUGACAGAUGUGGAGACUGUCGUAGUGGAUGUCGGUACCGGAUACUACGUCAAGAAGAACAAGUCCGAAGCCUCCACUCACUACGCCGACAAGGCCAAAUUCGUCCAAUCCAACCUCGAGACAUUACAACAAACGAUCGAGCGAAAGCAGGACAAUGCGCAGAGCGUGCAACAUGUGUUGCAAGCAAAGAUGCAGCAGGUGCAGCAGCAGCAGGCGGCGGAGGCUGCUAAGAAGUAA